AUGCUUCCAAGGGGUGCAGACAGCAUGGUGGAGAUCUUCCGCGCUGUGCUGUGCGAGAGCGACAUGGCGAAGCUUCAGGAGAAGGCAAAAGCUGUGAAGUCUUCGAUCUGGCAGUGGCCGUGGCCGUGGCGUCCGGGGCGCCGGAAAUCCAAAGGCCGAAAGAAAGUCGCCGAGGCCCCGGGGGCCCGAAGCGCGGCCGUGAGGGCUCGGAGACCGGGCCUGGAGCUCUGCGCUGAGGCCGACCUCCUCCUCGCCGGCACGGUUCUUCGACUCCUCUGCCGCUUCGGUGUGUUGGAGUGCUCGGUGGAAGAGGCCUUCUACGACUUUGCACAGUUUGCGCGACAGCAGAUGGACCUCCAACACGAGGUCCGGUUGCUUCAGCAGAUUCGGUCUUCGCUCUCCACUCUGGAGGCUGGGACUUUGCAGCCGGCCUAG